UCACGACAGCCUAAUCAGUCACCGCUGUGGCUUGCUGUCCAACAUUGCCGAAACAUUGGAGCUCUUUAGACGCUGUCGGUGUAUAUUUGCCUCUGUGUUUUAAACUUCUUUCGUGUAGCUAGUUGUCCCAUUUAAGUUAAUAUUUACGUUGUUAGUCAGGUAGCUAGCUGGCUUGCUAAGUUAGCUUAGCACCACGCUACUCGUUAAUGCUAACUAACGUUAGCUAGCUAGCAUCACCAACCAUGAGUUCACUAAGCUGCUCCCCUCCUGCUAAAGAAGAGGGGAUAUACUGGUCGGAGAAAGAGGGUCUGGGGAUGAACAUUGUCGCAAAAGAAGAACAGGAGGAUGCUUUCAGAAUGAAAAAGGAGAUCGAGGUAGAGGAUGUUACAGUGGAAGAAGGGAUAGAGGCUGUCACAGUGGAAGAGGAAGAGGGGAUAGACGCUGUCACAGUGGAAGAGGUAUUCGUUUUCAGAAUUAAAAAAGAGGAAGAGGCAAUAACAUUGAAAGAAGAAGAGGAUGUUAUAGUGAAAGAAGAGAAAGAACCUUAUGAAGAGGAAGAGGAGAUCGAGGCUGUCACAGUAAAAGAGGAGGAGGUAGAAUCUUUCAGAAUUAAAAAAGAGGAAGAGGAGGCCAUCACAUUGAAAGAAGAAGAGGAUGUUAUAGUGAAAGAAGAGGGAGAACCUUUUGUAGUGGAAAAGGAGGCUAUCUUAAGAAAAGAGGAGGGGGAAGACGUUUUGGGAGAGGAAGAAGAGACUGAAGAUCUGAUUAACACCAGAGAGAAACCAGACUCUCACUCUGACAGCGGGACGAGUCCUUCAGGGGAUCCAGACCCAGAGAUUCCCAAACCAGCGACACGACACAACUGCUCCCAGUGUGGAAAGAGUUUUAAGUGGUUAUGUAAGCUCAAAGAGCAUGAGAGAACACACACAAGAGAAAAACUCUUCCAAUGCUCCCAUUGUGAAAAGAGAUUUAACCAGUCAUCACUUCUGAAAGAGCAUGAGAAAAUACACACAGGAGAGAAGCCUUUCCGAUGUUCCCAGUGUGGAAAGGGUUUUACAUGGUUAAGGCACCUAAAAGAGCAUGAGAGGAUACACACAGGAGAGAAGCCUUUCCAUUGCUCCCAGUGUGGAAAGCGUUAUACUCGAUUAGCACACCUAAAAAUACAUGAGAGAAUACACUCUGGAGUGAAGGCUUACCUCUGUUCCCAGUGUGGAAAGAAUUUUAGGUGGUUAGAGAACCUGAAGCAGCAUGAAAGGACACACACAGGGGAGAAGCCUUACCAUUGCUCUCAGUGUGGAAAGGAUUUUACCACAUUAGGGAACGUAAAAGAGCAUAAGAAGAAACACACAGGAGAAAAACCUUUACAAUGUACCCAGUGUGGAAAGAGAUUUACACAUUUAGGAAAUCUGAAAAGGCAUGAAGGAAUACACACAGGAGAAAAACUCUACCACUGCUCUCAGUGUGGAAAGCGGUUUACCCAGUUAGGGUAUUUGAAAAAACAUGAGAAAAUACACUCUGAAGAGAAGCCUUACCCCUGCUCUCACUGUGGAAAGAGUUUUAGGUGGUUAGGGGACCUGAAAGAGCAUGAGAGGACGCACACAGGGGAGAAACCGUACCACUGCUCCUUGUGCGGAAAGGAUUUUACCAAGUUAGGGAACCUAAAAGAGCAUAAGAAGAAACACACAGGAGAAAAGCCUUACCAAUGCUCCCUGUGUGAAAAGACUUUUACGCAGUUAGGGGGCCUGAAAUAUCACGAGGGGACACACACAGAAAAAAAGACCUACCACUGCUCUCAGUGUCAAAAGACAUUUACCCGAUUAGGGAACCUGAAAAAGCAUGAGAGAAUACACACACUCAGGUGAGGAUAAGACCGUCCACUGCUCACAGUGUAGAAAGAGUUUAGGUCAGUUAGGGAACCGGAAAGAGCAUGAAAAACACAUACAGCAGAGAAGCCUUACUACUGCUCUAAUGACGGAAAGACAUUUUCCCGGUCAGAGGACUUGAAAUCACAUGACAGAAUAGAGGCUGUAUUCUGAAAUGUGUGUUUUGUUUAUACCACAUGAAAUCAUAUUGUUUAUACGAAAUCAUAUUGUUUAUAUGAAAUCAUGUUUUGAUUAUGACAUGUUUAGAUUAUGACAUGUUUUGAUUAUGGAUUCUGAUUGAUGGAACCCUUAGAUGUUCAUAAUUGUGUUCCAAUUGUUCAUUAUGUAUUUUGGGGCUCCCGAGGGAGGCAGGCACUACAUCGGUCUGAGGCACUACAUCUCAGUGCUUGAGGCGUCACUUCAGACCCUGGUUUGAUUCCAGGCUGAAUCACAACCGGCCGUGAUUGGGAGUCCCGUAGGGCGGCGCAAAAUUGGCCCAGCGUCGUCCAGGUUAGGGUUUGGCCGGGGUAGGCCGUCAUUGUGAAUAAGAAUUCAUUCUUACCUGACUUGUCUAGUUAAUGGUUAAAUGAUUAUUCUUUUUUAAUUAUUAGAUGUUAAUUAAUACGAUUAAUACGAAAUUUUCAAAUGUAAAUUAAAAUUGGAUGAAUAGAAUGUUAUUUUAAAUAUACUUUUUUUUUAUUCGAACCUUAACUUCUCAUGAGGGUGGAUGUGUCAUCUGACCAUGCCACCAAUUCUAAUCCAAGUGCCAAAGAACUGUACCCAGUACCACAACAUUUUAGCCAAAAACCUGGUUGCCUCUGCCAGGAGGCUGACACUCGAGACCACUGUGUCCUUAGGAACCUUCAAUGAUGCAGGCAUUUUUUGGUACCCUUCGCCAGAUCUGUGCCUUCGACACAAUCCUGUCUCUGAGCUCUUCGGACAAUUCUUUCGACUUCAUGGCUUGGUUUUUGCUCUUACAUGCACUGUCAACCUUUAUAGAUAGGUGUGUGCCUUUCCAAAUGAUGUCUAUUCAAUUGAAUUUACCACAGGUGUUGUCCAAUCAAGUUGUAGAAACAUCUCAAGGAUGAUCAAU